AUGGCGACUUUCACAAAAGCUGCGCGGAGCAUUCUUCAAAAGAGCCCAAAUGAUGUCGUCUUGCUUUCUGCCGUCAGAUCACCAAUCAAUCGGAGCUUCAAGGGUGGAUACAAAGAUGCGCAUCCCGAGGAUAUUCUAAUGCCAGUAAUGAAGGCCGCUGUACAACGGGCAGGCAUAGAAAAGAGCGAUGUAAACGACGUCAUGAUAGGAAAUGUUCUUGCUGAACUGGGUUUCGCAAAGACGGGGCGCAUGGCACUCAAUCAUGCUGGCUUCCCGAACUCGACGACGUUCCACACGGUCAAUCGCCGGUGCUCGAGCAGCUUGCAAGCAAUAACCCACAUAGCACACUCCAUCAUGGUGGGCCAGAUAGAUGUGGGGCUUGCUGGCGGUGUGGAAAGCAUGUCGAGGAAUUACAGCUCGCGGGGCAUCCCGACAGACGUUUCGCCCACUCUCUUGGGAUCAAACGUCAAGGAUGCCCACGAUUGCCUUAUGCCCAUGGGCAUUACGUCGGAAAAUGUGGCAGAAAGAUACAAUGUCGAUCGAAAGUCGCAAGACGAAUACGCUGUACGAAGUCACGGUCGCGCCAGUCGCGCGCAGAAGGAAGGUCGCUUCGAUUGGGAGACUGUUUCUGUAAAGGUUCAGAGGAUCGAUGAGGCGACUGGACAGCCGGCAGAGUUUGAAGUCACCAAGGACGACGGUAUUCGCCACGGACUGACUUUUGAGAAAGUGUCCGGGCUGAAGCCUGUGUUUGGUGAGAAUGGAAAAAGCACUGCUGGAAACUCCUCUCAAAUUUCCGACGGCGCAUCUUCUACCAUACUCGCGCGACGUUUAUGGGCAGAAGAACGUGGGCUUCAGCCAUUGGGCCGCUUUGUAGGCACGCAAGUCAAAGGCUGCGCGCCAGAUGAAAUGGGCAUCAGCCCAGUCUUCGCCAUACCUGCAUUGCUCAAGUGGACGGGCGUAGAGCUCAAGGAUAUUGACGUGAUUGAGCUGAACGAGGCGUUUGCGAGCCAGACGAUUGCUUGCAUCCGGAAACUUGGACUGGACGAAGAUAGAGUAAAUCCCAAUGGCGGUGCCAUAGCGCUUGGACACCCUACUGGGGCCACUGGGGCUCGCCAGACUGCGACGCUGUUCGGAGAGCUGCGACGCCAGGAUAAGGAGCUUGGCAUAGUAAGCAUGUGUGCCAGCACUGGAUUAGGCGUAGCCUCGUUGUUUGUUCGAGAGUCAUAG